UCGGUCAACUGUUAAUUAGUUCGGCAUGUUUUGUGUUGAAACGAAACGAAAGUGUGAAAUGAAUUUUGUAUUAAACAAAUGACAAAUUGAAAUAAUAAAAUACAAAAAAAAAGAAAACAAAAUCAACAACGACAAUUCAAUAUUUAUAAAUAAAAAAUUUGCUCAAAUCAACUAACAACUGAAAGUUUUUGCUCAAACAACUCACAACCACUACUAUGGCCGAUGAAGAGCCCAGUCCACGACCAUUUCGCCGUGAGCGUAAUUUAAGCAAUCGCAAUUUUAAUAAACGAGGCUCAAGUCGUAGACGUUUCAGCACCGAAAGUCACAGUUCGGCCGACUCAAAAGUCUACAAUUUUACCAAUUCUCAAGAAGAAAAGGCCACAACACCCGACAACACAGACGAUGUUGAUACUUCCACGGCCUCCCUAACCACACCAUCAUCUGCCUCGGUCAAUGUCACCUCCAGUUCCAUGAACAUUUCAUAUUCCGUUAAUUCGGAUACAGAAAAUAGUUUCAAUAAAAAGUCUAUAUUAAAAAUGCGUUCCAUCGAUAUAAAUAUUAACGAUAAUAAUAAUAAUAAUGAUGAAGAUCAUCAUGAUAAUGAUGACAUAGAAAAUAGACAUUCUGCUCAAAUUAAUCAUAAUAGCAGCGCUAAGAAACUACAGCGACAAACACCCACGACACCACAAACACCAGAUCCAGCAUUGCUGGGUGUAAAACAGAAAUUAUUAUGGUUUGAGAAUCUACAGACCGAUGAGCGCAUCAUCUUUAAAACCUCCAAAUACAAAUCGAAAUCCUCACAGUCUCUAUUGCAAAGUGAACGCGCCAAUUCAUCAACAACAACAACAACCUCCUCUACAUCCGGUUCAUAUUUGGUAAAACAAUAUCCCAUGGGUAAUGCUAACUCACAGAUGGAUGCUAAACGGAAUAUAUUAUUUCAAGGCAGUAUUGAUGAGGAACGUUCCGAAGAUGAAGUGGACAGUAUAAAAGAUGAGAUAAAUGAGGAGGAAGCAGUAAUAGAAAAUAGGCAAAGUACCCAGGACGAAUUUGGUAGAUCGGAGAGUAAGGAUGAAAGCCAAAUUGUAGAGCAUAGAAUUCCAGUGGCUGCCAUAAAUAAAUCAUUUUUAACGCCCGUCUUUCAACAUUCCCAGAGCCAUCCUGCAGAGCUUAAGAGUCUAACAAAUGAUGAAGAGAAGAGUGAUAAGGCUCAAACGGUAGAGAUCACACAUAAGCCGAGAAAUAAAGAUUUUCCAAGAAAUUUCCGCUCUCGACCAAAGACUGAAAUAAUUGGUGACUCUGCUGCACUUGGUCCUCGCGAAGCUGCUAAAUUCAAUUCUUUACAUCAUAAGUCAAAGCAAAGUGAACCCGAUGACGAAGAACAAAUUGAAUUGCGCGACAAAGGCUACAGUUUCAUUCGACCCAUUCUGGAGGAGCUGAUCAAAACCGAAGAAUCCUAUGUGGAGAAUCUAUGGAUUGGCAUAAAAAACUAUGGCGAUAUAUUUCAGCGUAGCGAUUUGCCCAUUGGCCUGAGAGGUAAAAAAUAUGUACUAUUCGGUAAUGUGGAGCAGAUUUAUGAAUUUCAUCGUGAUGAGUUUCUGCCCAUGUUGCAGCGCAACAAACAUGAUUUAAAGAGAAUUUUCGAUGAAUUUCAACAGUAUAUAGAUAAUAAUUGUUUUUAUGGUUAUGUUUUAUUUACCAUGAACAAACAAAGAUCCUUGAAAUUAUGUGAUGUAUAUAAAAAUUAUUUUAAGCUUUUACAAACUGAAAUUGAUGAUAAGUUGGGUAUUAAUAGCUUUUUGGUGCAGCCUAUACAGCGCAUGGCCCGUUAUCCAUUAUUGCUGCAACAGUUUAUAACGACCCUUUUCAAAAAUCGUGAUUAUGUCAUGAAGCCCAUUAUUGAAUCCUGCUGUCGUUUGGAGAAAAAAUUACGCAAUCUAUUGACAACCACCAAUGAAUCGGAGGUAAUCAAUGAUAUAGUGUGUACAAGUGAUGCCAAUGAGUUCAAUACCUUCUACCAAGGUAAAUUUCGCAAAGUUAGUGAAUUCCAUGUCUUUGAUCAUACGCUAAAGCGUAGCUAUCGCUCCAAAGUCUUCAUUUUCGAUAAAUGUAUCAUUUAUACAGAAAUCAAGGGUAAACAAUUGAUAUUCCAUGGUCGUUAUCCCUGUGAACAUAUUGGAAUUACGGCCAAAACCAAACAAUUCACUUUGUACUAUGAUCAUCGCAAACAACAGGAAUGUGAUUUUACAGCGGAUCCGGCCUUAAUUGAAUUAUGGUUGGAGUUGAUUAGGGAAAUGAUUAGUGCCUAUGCGACUGAGGAGCGUAGAAAACUAAAGGAGCUACAUUCUCAUGAGUUUGGCGGCGAUCAUAUGCAUCGUAAACCGGCCAAUUUGACAUUGUUUCGUGAUUCGAAUCGUUUUAGCAGUGACAGUGGCAUAGGUAAUAUAUGGAUUGUACCCAAACCGGAGCAGGAAGAGGUUAGCAAUAAUCGCACCACCUGGUAUGCUGUAUCAUAGGGAGGGUAUAGAGCUGAAGGCAGCUUAAAGUAAACUGUAAUUUAUGUAAAAAAGAAAAUUUAAUGCCAUUUUAGUAUUAAGCUAUUAUUGUUGUCUUUAAUUUUUAAGUUUUAAUAGUAGUUUUUCCUUUAGAGUUAAGUUUAAUUAUAAUUAAAUUAUACAACUGAUUGCAAAAUGCCAAACUUAUUUCUUUAAAAGAAAUAUUAAUUACAUAUAAAUUGUAUAAUGCCAAAUAAAUAAUAAAAAUUAUAUAGUCGAACCAAAUAA